CUAUUUCUAUGUAGGCAACGAAGCGCGUUUAAUCUCAUUCUGUAUUCUCUCACCACAUCGAGAACUCUAGGGUUUUUCACCUUCGCCUUCAACUUCUUCUGCCCUCUGAAAUUUCAUCGGAAAGAAACUAUGCCGAGGUAUGAUGACCGUCGUGGCGGCACUCGUUUGUAUGUCGGCCAUUUGUCUUCGAGAACAAGAUCACGCGACCUUGAUGACAUGUUUAGCAGAUACGGGAGUGUACGAGAUGUGGAUAUGAAGCGUGACUAUGCAUUCGUUGAAUUCAGUGACCCAAGAGAUGCCGAUGAUGCAAGACAUGCAUUGGAUGGUCGAGACAUAGAUGGAAGCCGAAUUGUUGUUGAAUUUGCCAGGGGAGUGCCACGUGGUCCAGGUGGAUCUCGAGAUAACCCUGGAAGAAGUGGUCCCACUCCUGGAUCUGGACGUUGCUUCAACUGUGGAAUUGAUGGUCAUUGGGCUCGUGAUUGCAAAGAUGGGGAUUGGAAAAAUAAGUGUUACCGCUGUGGGGAACGAGGCCAUGUCGAAAGAAAUUGUCAACACAGUCCAAAGAAACUAAGCCGCAGAGAACGUAGUUACUCACGUUCUCCUAGCCCCUACCAUGGUAGAAGCAGAAGCUGCAGUUACAGCAGGGGACGCAACGACAGUAGAUCAAGAUCACCUGUUAAGAGAGACCGAAGUUACGAACGUGAAGAUAGAAGGUUAAGGAGCCCUAGGCACCACAGGGGUUCUCCUUCCCCAUCUGGAAGGAGGAAGCAUAGUCCGGCACCUGUGGGAAGAAGGCCACAAGAGAGAGGUAGCCUUUCCCCAAGAGAUCGCCGUCAAACUAAUGGUUCAGAUUACAGUCCAAGUCCUAGAGGAAGGAGCAGAAGCCCUGAAGCUGAAGCGGAUGCCGUGGACAGGGCUCAUAGGAACUCCACAAAGGAAAAUGGUCAGAACGGCAGCCCUUGUCAUCCGCCAAGGGAUGAUCGAAGCCCUAUUUAUGAUGAUGAGGAUAAUCAUGCUUCCGCUAGACGCAGUGAAUCAAAUUAGGGCAAGCGGUGGUUUGAAUUGGUUUGGUAUGCAUGCUUAAGUGACAAUGUGUUUUUUGCGAUAACUUUGAAUUUUAUUUUAUAUAUUGAUAACUUUUUUUAUUCUUGAA